GAUAGAUGGACUAAAGGGGUAAAUAUGGUAUUUAGAUGUAAGAGUCUAGGGUUUGGUCUCUAUAUCUAGACCGUGUCUUUUUUUCCGUGGUUUUGUUCUUGCUCUCUCUCUCUGUGAAAGGCGGCCAAAGCUAAAACAACAGUUCCGACAAUGCCUAAGCAAAUCCACGAGAUAAAGGACUUCCUUCUGACAGCAAGAAGGAAAGAUGCUCGAUCAGUGAAGAUCAAGAGAAGCAAAGACAUUGUCAAGUUCAAGGUCAGAUGCUCCAAGUACCUCUACACUCUCUGCGUCUUUGACCAAGAGAAAGCCGACAAGCUUAAGCAGUCUCUUCCUCCAGGUUUGAGUGUGCAAGAUCUUUGAAGAUAAGAUGAUGAAGCCCCUUUGUUAUGAUGAAUUCAGAUGAUGAGAAUAUGUUUUUUGUUUAGCUAAACUAUGUUCGAACUUUUUCUAUGAGUAUGUUUUUGGAUUUCUUUUGCUUCUAAUUCAAUUUUUUUUGAAAAAAUUA